AUGAUCAAUCCAUCUGCGACAGCUCCUGUUCGAAUUUUACCAAAUAAUAAAGUAUAUAGACAAUUAUUUGAAGCACAAGUACAAUUAAGUGAUGCUUAUAAUCGAGUACGAAAUAACCAAUUAUCACAAUCUGUUAACAUCACUUCACGUCCAAAUGCUGUACCACUUAUACGAAAUUUCAAACCACAUGAAACACAGAAAAAAAAAUGGUUGACAAGUAUGUCAUUUAGUAAUGAUUCUAGUAUUAAUCCAAUAACAAUUUCAUUUCAUGAUGAACGAAAACGACGUCAAAAUGAACGACAACAACAAUUAGAUGAAUUAAAACGUGAAGUUUUUAAUUUACCUGAUAAUAUUGAAUAUAUUGAAACUGAAAAAAAUGAAAAUAUUAUUGAUGAUACUACUAAGAAAGGAAAUAUAACUGAACGAUUAGCAUCUAAUCGAGAAACAAAAUAUAAUCAAUUAUGGGCGGAACUUUUAGAGAAAAUAUCUGAAACUAAUCAAAAUUUAUUAAUUGAACUUGAAAAAGUCACGCGACAAUGUAAUACGUAUUAUGAACAAGGUGAUAAUGAAAUUAAUGAACAUUUACAAAAUCUAAUUUAUCGAAAAGAAAUAACAUCAUUAACAAUAAAGUCAUUUGAAUAUGCAUUUAAUGAACUUGAUCAAUAUCUUUCACCACGUCUUUCACAAAUUCAAGAAUAUUGUCAAUCAAUUGAAGAUCUUGAAUUAGAACGAAUUCAUAAAAUUCGUGAUUUAUUUAAAUAUUAUUCUGAUCGUUUAUAUAGAACACAUCAUUUAUCCGAUAAAGAUACUGCGUAUGAAUUAGAAAAACAAGCGAAUGAAUUAAAUACACACAUAUUUGAUAAUCGUCGAAUAUAUGCUGAACUUGAAGCAAAAUUAUUAGGAGGUGAAACUGUUCGGAUACAUCGAUAUCAAGCUGAACUUGUUAAUUAUCAAAACAAAUGGAGAGAUGCAACAUGGAUUAUACAUAAACAAACAUGGAUUUCAAAAUUAUCACAAUGUAGAGCAAAAUUAGAACCAACAAUUUUAUCAACAUGUGAAUCAAUUGGUACAGAUAUUACUACACAAACAAAUUUGUUUAUAGAGCAUAUACAUAAAUUAAAUUCAUUCGUUCCACCUACAUCAACACGUGAAAAUGCACAAAAAUGGUAUAAUCAAGGUUAUGAUAUAGCUAAUAAAAUAGUUAAUAAACGACAAGCACUCGUUCAGCAAAUAAAUGAAAUUAUUAAUAAUGAAAUAAAUUUAUUAGAAAAAGAAUCACAAUCAAUUCGAGAAAAAGUUCUUCAUACUCACGUUUAUAAUGAGGAACAAUUACAAGCUGCAUUUGAACGUGAUAUUGAACCAUUGUUUACAGAGCGAAAACAGUUUUUACAAGAAUCAAUUCUCAAUCGAACUAAGAUGGUCUAUGAACAAUUAACAAAUGUCAUGCAUGAAAUACUUGAUCGUCUCUUAAUAUUCAUAAAAUCUAUAGCUGAACAAUGGGAUGAUCAUCAAAAUCGACUUGAACAUGUUACUGUACAAUUACUUACUAUGAUGCAAGAAUAUCGACGACCACAUGAUCUUCAAAAUGAAAAAAAAUUAACAAAACUUGAUUCAACUUUGGAUGAAAUGCGAAGUGCAUCAAAUGAAACAGCAUUAGCACGUCUCUUGAAUUCUUCUAAUGAUCAAUUAGAAACUCUCAAAGCAAGUUAUGCACAAUUUUAUGAUGUAGAACAUUCAAUUGUAAAUAAAUAUUCAGAUAUGAUUGCUGAAGAAGUUAAUCGAUAUAAAAAUGAAAUGCUUAAUUAUUUUCAUGCUCGACAAAUCGAUGAAAAUAAAAUUGAUGAUCAUCCUUCAUCAGUACAUCAAUAUUAUACAACAUCAUUAACACGAAUAACUUAUGAACUUGAAGGUUAUAUUAAUAAUGAAUCAGAUACUACACAACAAAUUAGUACAAAUAAUGAAAUCGAACAAUCAACAAAAUCACCAACACAAAGAAGAAAUUCAAAUACUGUUACACGUUCAGAAGAUGUAUUAAAUGAACAAGAUCAACCACAAAUGCAAAUAUUUCUAACUGAAAAUCCAACAUUAUAUACAAAAACAUCAACAGAUGAAACAAUGGCUAUACCAUUUUAUGAAGCAUUUCAAAUACCAUCGAAUCUUGUGAAUUCUCUUAGGUUUAAUUUAUGUCGAGCUUUUCUUGAUUAUUAUGAUCAAUGGAAAGAAGAAACAAUACGACGAGCUAAUGCAAUUAUGUAUUCAAAACAUGAUGAAUUAGAUAAAGAAAUGGAUUUUCAAAUGCAUUUACAUGAACCAAGACGUGUACGAAUCGAAACUGAUAUACAUAAUGUCAGAGCAGCUGAAAUUGUUAUGCAUGACGAACGAGUUGAACGUCAUAUACGUGGUGUUCAAGAAACAUUAGAACAAAUUGAUGCUGAUUAUGGUCGAAUGUUAAAAGACUUUUCUAAAUCAAUCAGUACUUAUAAAGAUGAUAUAUUUAAUUUAGAACAAGUAUUUGUUAAUGCAACAACAAGUAAUCGUCUUUUAGCAUUACAAGAUCGUUUACAAAAACAACGUGAUACAUUAAUGAAUAAUAUACGAGUAUCAUUAAGAAGUUUUCGUAAACGUUUUGAUGAUUCUAUGCAAUAUUUACGACAAGCAAAUGCUAAAUUUCGAAAAUCAUUUAAAACGUUUUCUGAAGGUGGAAAUUUUAGUCGUGAUGAAAUUGAAAUCUAUAGAAAAAAACUUGAGAAAACAAUAUUUCAAAUAGAUAAAGCUGAAACAACUAUAUUAAAUGAAUUAGAAAAACUGGAAAAAAAACAAUUAGACGAAGCAUCUAAAAUAAUGACUCAAUUUCAGGAACGUUUUAAAAAUCAUAUGACUGAUUUGCAAUUUAUUGAAUUAACAAAUCGAUGGAUAAGUGAAACACAAGUUAAAAUCAAAAGUGAAGUUGCUAUUAAUAAUGAACAUGCACAAAUGCUUAAAACACUUAUUUUAACAUAUCAAGCUAAAAUUGAUUCGAUUCUAAAUCCAAAUUUAGAUAAACAAGUAUCAACAUUAAAUGAAAUUCGAGAACUUUUUCAUCAAAUUGUUUUAACUACAUAUGAACGAGCAUUAUAUUUAAAAUGUCUUAAUAAUGAAUUAACUAUACCAGCUUCACUUAUUACUAUUCUUAAAGAUAAAGGAUUAAUUACUGAAAAAGCAUUAGUUAAUGAUCUUGUUCAUGUUACUGGAACAGAAGAAACAAAUUUAUCUCGUCGUCCAUCACGAAUGAGUGCUGGUAUUGGUGGUAAUACUGAAGAAGUUAAAUCAGUUAAGUUUGCAUCAUCAUCAUCACUAACAACAUCAUCUUCUCGAAACAAAACAGAGUCAUCUACAUUAAUUGGUCUUACUGGUGGACAUUCAGAAGAUUUAGAUACAAUUUCAAUAAUACGAUCUCUUCUUCAUCAAGAAGAACUACCAGAUUCUGAUGAAAUUGUUGAACCAGGUGUACCUGCUGCUAUAGAGAAACAACAUAUGUUCAGGCGUACAACGAAGAAGCAAAAGGAACUGAACACACGUCCAAUUGUUUCUGAUUCUCCAACACCAUCAUCACAUGGAAAAAAAUCCAAACAAAAUGAUAAAAGUCAAAGUUUAUCAAAUAAAGAAUCAUCAAGUGAUGAAACAAGACCAGCUACUCGACGUGAUCGUCCAAUUCGUGCUAGAACACGUGAUGAAAUCUAUAAUCUUUAUUGUACAUUUGGUGAAAAAAAACAUACUGGUCAAGAUUUCUUAUCUAAAAUAUUAAAUAUUCUACGAGAAUCAACUGAAGGUUUAUUUACACAUUCUGAAAUAUUUUAUAGAGAUAAAGGUGUUCGUCCUGUAACACGUCCUCAAGCAUUACGUGAAAAAUUUGAUGAAUUUGCACAAGUGAUGAUAGAAAAGCUUAAAAAUUAUGAAGAACAAUGUCGUUCUUAUCAUGAAAAUUCAAUAAAUGAAUUUCGUAACGUACUUGAAUUAUUUGAACGUACAUCAACUUUAAUGGCUAAAAUUGAAUUUAAUGAACAAUUAUUUCAAGCUGAAGAAAUUCUUUUUAAUUGUAAACAACAAUUUGAUAUGACAUUAAAUAAAGAAUUAAAUGAAUCUAAUAAUGAAAAACAAAUCAAUUUUCAACAACUUCGUCCAACAUUUGGAGAUCCAGCAAAAAAAAAUCAUUUACAAACGAUUGAUAAUCAAGAAAAAUUACGUCAAGAUAAUGUACAAAAAAUAUGUAAUGAACUUCGAGCAAAUACAAUUAAAAAUAUUCAAAUAAAUUCACAAGAAACAAUUAAUUCAUUAGCAACAAAUGCUGAACGUUUAUUAAUUCUUUUUGAUGAAAUAUUAACAGCUGAUGAAAUAACACGAACAAAAUUACCUAAAGUCAAACAAUCGCUGUCGGAAUUAUUAAGACGUCAACAAACUGGAGGACCUUUAGAAGAUUCUGAACCAACUCCAUUAAUUGAACGUAAACAAGGUCAUUGGCCAGGUUUACCAUUACUUGAUGAUCAAUUAAAUCCACGACGUGACUCUACAAAAUCAAAAAAACGUUCAUCAAUAGCUACUCAACGACAAACAACAUCAGCUUCGAUUGUUACACAAAAAACAACAUUACCACAAAUUGAAACAAUAAAACAAAGAGAUCAAGUUUAUCAAAGAUAUAAAGAAAUAUUAAUUCAAAUAUUAGCUGACGUUGAAGGAGAAUGUUCAGCAGUAUUAGCCGAACUUGAUCGCGAUCGAUCAUAUUGGAAAUCAUCAAUUGAAAAAUUACAACAAUUAAGAACAAAUUAA